GGGCUGCGUCGAUUUAAGGUAUUGUGGUGGGACACGGGGGGACUCGGGCUCGUUAUCCGAGGAGGAGGCGCCGCUCCCGGGGAAGCUGCGCCGCAGAGGCGGCCCGGAGGCCGGAAGAACAGAUGAUCUACAGGAUAGGGUUCCAUCAUGGAUGCCUGGUGUUGUGGGGACUGACCUCCCUGGGAAGACCUGCUCGGUUGCUGGACCCACCCAGCCUCGGGUGGUGUUGGGUCAAAUUACAAGUGUUGCAGUCAACAGAAAUGUCCAGAAAAAGAAUGCCAGGCCUGAGGCUGCAAAAAAGGCUAAAGUUAUCACAAAACCUAACAUGGUUUUCAAGCCAAAGGCGGUGGUUUGCAAACCAAAGACGAUUGUCAUCCCUGCUGAACCGGCCCCUGAAAUUGUGGCUCAACCUGAGCCAGCAUCCCCAACUCCAAUGGAAACUGCUGGCUGCGAGGCGGUUGACCUAUGACUUGUGUA